UCCUCAUCCUGGAAGCAUCAAGCAACAACCCAUCUCAUCUCACUUGAUCAUCCUACUCUUUGCACUGAGCCAUUUCGGCAAAUAAUCACGGUGAAGAUGUCGUCGACGGCCACCGUCACCCUCGGCCACCUCGAGAACAAGCUCACGCUCGCCAAACGCUGCUCUAGAGAGGCGACGUUCGCCAGAGCAAAGGCAGCGGCCAUCGCCAUGGUCGCGUCUGCGGUCCCAACGCUGGCGAGCGUGAGGAUGCUGCCGUGGGCCAAGGCGAACCUGAACCCCACCGGCCAGGCCCUCAUCAUCUGCACCGUCGCUGGGAUGGCAUACUUCAUUGCCGCCGACAAGACGAUCCUCUCGCUGGCGAGGAGGCACUCGUACGAGAGCGCCCCCGACCACCUCAAGGACACCUCCUUCCAUGUCGCCGCCGCUGCAGCCCGUCCCCGUCCGCCGGCGUUCUUCAGGCCUUGAGCUAGUAUUAUCCUGCUAAUUUAUUUUUUUUGAGAAAAGGCCUAGGCCCGACUUUAUAAAUAAAGCCACACGGCAGAGUCACAGAGCAACCAUAGCAACAAUGGGGACGAAGCCACCACCAGUUCACCCAAACACGGGCACUCAACGACAAGCACGAAAGCAUGACGGAUACAUGGCACCCUGCCAGACACGGCACGCAGGCCGGAUAACUUAGGAAAGACAUAGCCAGCAACUAAGUCGAAGAACCUCCAAAAUGCGAGAUCAGACAUCAGGAUCCUGCCCAGAAAGAGACGACACCGAGGCCCGAACUUUAGAUAUGAGCAGAUCAAGAGCAUCCCGGUCCUCCACCUUAGUCAAUAAU